CCGCUUGUGAUGAUGUGAAUAAUGAUUGCUUGAAGGUAAGGUAAUGAUCAUUGGGCCAUAUACCUCAUGAAGCGACUGAAAAUGAGAAGUACUUUCCUCUCUGCUGGAAUGUGGACUUUGUACUUUUUACUCUGUAUUAGUUCAGCAUAUUCUCAAGGUGAUCCACCGAAGCCAACGUUUCCUGAUGUAUUUGAAACAGAAGUUCAAGCGAUUUUUCAAACAGAGCUCGAGGAAAUAGAUGCAGCUGUGUAUUACGACAGAACUAACAACAGAGCUGCCUUAUUUUACACUUAUCAGGACGUGUUUACUAAAAGCAUCUAUAACUUCAACGAUGAUGAAGUGAUUUAUAUUGCAGGAAAUGAAUGUUCUGUAUCAAAAAUACCUACUGAGGAGGAGACUUCGUUUUUCCCUUAUACAAUAGAUAAAAACAAUAAAAAGAUACUUGAGAAACCUGAGAAGGCCCUUUUCUUUGAUAAUUCGACGUUUGACAGACAGGAACUUUUUGUUUUCCCUUCAUAUAUAUACACAACAAAAUUGGACUUUCCGCAGUUUGGGAGAAAUAACUGCGAAGUGGUUCACGUUUUUUCAAAACCAGAAAUUGAACUGCCGACAUGUGUAGGGCAUGCUUGCAAGCCUACUAUUAUUGCAAUAUCUGUAAGAUGUAAAAAUGAAGCAGGCGAAGAAGACGUCAAUCAGGUCUACAACUUCUACCGUUUCCGGUCAGGUAUAAGUGAUCAGACAGUGUUUCAAGUGCCUGCCGGUGUACAUUGCGGUAUCAAAAGCAAAAUGGCAUUUCCAGUUUUACCUACUUAUUUCAGUUUUUCCUUCGACAUGAUGGAGCCGCAAGAAAAUCCUAAUAACGCUGUUUUCUCAACACAUAAAAAAGUAUGGUACGAUGCAGAAUUGAAACAAAUUCGGAUUGACGAAUAUGAUGACGAUGGGCUAUCCACUUCAUCCAGAAUAUUUGACUUAUACGGAAGGGUAGCAUACACCAUCAUAGCCAGCUUAGCCGUCUGCACAAUGGGUGCUAUUGAAGACGAUGUGGCUUUACAUGAAAUAACUAUGCUGCCAAAGGCAUUUUUUGUGCAGAAUUCAUCUUCAACCUCAAACAGUGCUGUCUUUGUAGGAAAAAGAAGUGUCCAAGGUAUCGAUUAUUUUGUAUGGUCAUCCUCAAGGAUGGAUGAGGAAACGGAUGCGAAGAUUGUUGAAGAAUUCUAUUUCAUAAAGAAUAUUCCAAAAGAAGAAGAAGCAGUUGAAGAGUCUGAAAUCAUCAUAGCGAAUGCUGUUAUUUAUACCUAUGAGAUGACAGCGGAUGUAAGUGUUUACCAGCUCUCAUCCUUGACCUAUUUGUCUAUCAACAAUUUCCGAUCUCAGCCAAAAAAUUGGGAAGCAUUCGAUGUAGCAUCUUGUUACAAGAAAGAUCACAAGAAAGGUUUUGCUCUUAAAAUUGAAGGUCCUGCUAUUGUGAAAGGGGGCCACUCUUAUGAGGAAGUAUUAGAACUUCUGUAUAUGAAGUUAGUCAAUGUUUCUGGAGUCUGUGUCAUCAGAAUCAGUGAGCUUACUGGUGUAUUUGACGGAGUAAAUAUCACAGAAUUUAGAGGAUGGUUAUUAGACAAGUCUGCAACAAAACUAACCAAAGAGCGACAUUGGGAACCAGAUAUUGAUGAAGCUUACCAACGAAUCAAAGAUGCUAUUUCGGCGGGGAAAUUAAUUAUAACUGUGCAUACAGGGGGAAAGUAUGUAGUAACAUCGAUAGAAGAUUUAGACUCAAGUAAAAGUGAACAAAAAAGUUGCUACUCCGGAGUGACACUGGCUGCUGUAAUCUUUAUCUUGUUGAUCGUUGGAAUGUUUAUCGGUGUCAGUGGUUAUUACGUCUUUUUGAAAAAAAGAAAGAAGCCAGAUUUCCUUGAUAAAGUUCAGUUAUAUCCAGCUUCAGAAAAAGAAUAAUAGUACCUUUCAUAAAGCAACAUAUGCCAGUAAAUAAUACAGUUGACUGCGAUUUUGAAGUCAUUCAGUUUUCACAAUUCAUUUUAGCCAUAUUUAAGAGUUUCCAUGUAAAUAAGCAAGAAGCUGGUCAUAUUUUUCAAGUGUUCAACUAUAAUAUUUUUUUCCAACUGCUUAAGUAGAAACAAAACAAAAAUGCAAUAAAAGUAGAAACUCACAAUUUCCA